AUGGAAACCCCCCAGCCCACCCUCCCCCCCGCGAUCCGCGACUUCCCAACCAUCACCAUCUCCCCCACCGCCCCCGCCACGCACACCCACACCGUCAUCUUCCUGCACGGCCGCGGCGACAACACCAAAUCCUUCACGCGCGCCCUGCACAACUGGUACUCCUCACUUGGCACCACCCUCUUCGCCGAGUUCCCCACCAUCCGCUGGGUCUUCCCCCAAGCGCCCCUGCGCACGGUGGCCAGCACGGCCGACCAGUUCCGGCCGCACGUGUGCCCGCAGUGGUUCGACGUGUGGACGCCGCGCGAUUUCGCCGAGCGCGAGGAGGUGCAGCUCGAAGGCCUGCGCGAGACGGUGCCCGCCGUGCGCGCCCUGCUCGCCCGCGAGGCGGGCAUGUUGGGGGGCCGGUGGGAUCGGGUCGUGUUGGCGGGGAUUAGUAUGGGUGCGGCUUCGGGCGUGCAUACGCUGUUGAAUUUGGAGGUGCCCGCGGCCGGGGGUGGGCGGUUGGCGGCGUUUAUGGGCUUUUGUGCGCGCUGUCCGUUUGCGGGGAGGGAUUUGGCUGGUAUGCGCGAGGUGCUUGCUGUGGGCGGGGCGCCGCCUGCUGCGGACAAUGCUGUGCUGCGGGCUACGCCGAUUUUGUUGGAGCAUAGUGCGGGUGAUCCGUUGGUGUUGAUUGAGAGGGGGAGGGGGUUGCGGGAUACGCUGCGGGGGUUUGGGGCGCAGGUCGAGUGGAAGGAGUAUGAGGGGGGUGCGCACUGGUUUCACGAGCCUGAGGGGCUCGACGAUGUCAUCGAGUUUCUGAGGAAGGUCGUUCUUGUGCCUGGGAAGGUGGAUGGGGCGGGUCAAGGUGGUCCGGCCGUGGCGCCGGCCGAGCCUGAGGCGAUGGACUUGUCUUGA